CGGGAGGCGCGCCGGGCGUCUGCACUCGCGCGGCUCCGCUCGCUCCGGCUCCCGGCCGCGGCCGUCUCGCCUCUUUCCCUUUCUCAACGCGUCUCCAAUCCGGCAGCCGCCGGACCCGGCGGUGAGCGCGUGGGGAAGAGGCAGCCGAGUCGCCCGCGGAAUUGGGCGCGGUGGGACGUGCGCGCCGCGCGGGCGGGCGCAGUCGUGGUUCCCGGGGCGGCGGGCGUCCCCACGAGACUUUAAACCCAGGACAUAGAACCUCACUUGUAGAUGAGAGUCUUCUGGAAGAGAAGAGUGGCAGAAUUUUUUUUAAGUACCAAGAUUUGACUAUGAAGUAAUUCGUGCACAUGGCAUUGGUAAGGCGCUCUUUCAGGUGGAUCAAGCCCUUGGCCACAGAUUCCCGGUUGCUUGUACUUAUUCUCUUUUCUGUACAACAUGCGUACGGGGGUGGAAAGAAAUUUAUUGGUCCCUGCGGGGGAAGAGAUUGCUCUCUUUGCCAGUGCUUUCCUGAAAAGGGGUCUCGGGGUCCACCAGGACCACCAGGGCCACAGGGUCCUAUUGGACCCCUGGGGCCACCAGGACCCAUUGGAAUUCCAGGAGAGAAAGGGAUGAGAGGUGACAGUGGCCUUCCUGGAGCAGCAGGUGACAAGGGUGAUAAGGGUCCAACCGGUGUUCCUGGAUUCCCGGGUUUGGAUGGGAUACCUGGGCACCCAGGGCCUCCUGGAUCCAGAGGCAAAUCUGGCAUAGAUGGCUACAACGGCUCAAGAGGUGCCCCAGGCUUUCCAGGAGAAAGAGGAGCUCCUGGCCCACAAGGCUCCCCAGGCCUUCUUGGGAAAAAAGGAGAAAAAGGAAAUUCAGUGUUCAUUUUAGGUGUCAUUAAAGGUAUUCAGGGUGACAGAGGGGACCCAGGACCUCCCGGCUUACCAGGCUCAAGGGGAGUGAGAGGACCAGCAGGCCCAGUGGGAUAUCCAGGAGAGCCGGGGUUGGCAGGACCUCCAGGCCCUCCUGGGAGUCCAGGUUUGAAGGGUAAUCCUGGCGUGGGAGUAAAGGGGCAAAUGGGAGACCCGGGUGAGGUUGGCCAACAGGGUUCUCCAGGACCCACCCUUCUGGUGCAGCCACCUGAUUCUGGUCUCUAUAAAGGAGAAAAGGGUAUUAAAGGAACGCCUGGAAUCAUUGGACCUCCCGGACCACCAGGCCCCAAGGGGGAACCCGGUAUUGGGACAAAAGGAGAGAAAGGUAUUCCUGGAUUUCCAGGACCUCGGGGGGACCCUGGCUUCUAUGGAUCUCCAGGUUUUCCAGGAUUAAAGGGGGAACCAGGAGUGUUUGGAGAUCCUGGGCCGUUUGGAUAUCUUGGUCCAAAGGGAGAUCCUGGAGACCGCGGGCACCCAGGACCACCAGGGUUUUUGGCAACUCCAGCUCUUCCACUCAAAGGGCCUCCAGGGGAUCCAGGGCACCCUGGCCGCUAUGGAGAAACGGGGGCUGUUGGACCACCUGGUCCCCCUGGUCCCCCUGGUAGACCAGGGGAAGUCUGUGCAGGCAUGAUGGGACCCCCUGGGCCACGAGGGUUUCCUGGUCAUCCAGGAUUUCCAGGGGCAGCUGGUAUUCCUGGGAGAGCUGAUUCUGCUCCAGGGAAACCAGGCAACCAGGGACCACCUGGGUUGCCUGGAGUGCCAGGGUUGCCGGGACCUCCAGGAUCAGAUGUUGUAUAUUGUAGUGCUGGGCCUCCUGGACCACAAGGAAUAAAAGGCAAAGUGGGUCCUCCAGGAAGAAGAGGCUCAAAAGGAGAAAAAGGAAGCACAGGGCUCUGUGCCUGCCAGCCUGGUCCCUCAGGCCCACCCGGCCCUCCAGGACUUCCUGGGAGGCAAGGGAGUAAAGGAGACUUGGGACUCCCUGGGCGACUUGGAGAAAAAGGUUACCCAGGCCUUCCUGGUGCCAGAGGAUCUCCAGGGCCACCAGGAAAACCUGGUACCUCAGGACCACCUGGCAGCAAAGGAGAAAAAGGUGACCUGGUUGUAUCAAGAGUGAAAGGGCGCAAAGGAGAAAGAGGUCCUGAUGGGCCCCCAGGAUUUCCAGGGCAGCAGGGACAACACGGUCGAGAUGGAUAUGCUGGAGAAAAAGGGGACCCAGGACCGCUGGGAGAUCAUGAAGAUGCAGCCCCAGGUGAUAAAGGGCCUCCUGGACCACCAGGCCCCCCGGGCAGAGCAGGACCUAGGGGGCCUCCGGGACUGGGAUUUCCUGGUCCACCAGGAGAGAGAGGGCAACCAGGAGCUCCAGGCUGCCCAGGCAAGAGGGGCCCUGAUGGCUGGAAGGGUCAGAAAGGUGAUACAAUUCCUUGUAACGUAACCUACCCUGGGAGGCCAGGCCCGCCAGGUUUUGAUGGACCUCCAGGUCCAAAGGGAUUUCCAGGUCGUCGGGGAGUUCCUGGGUUGAGGUGUCUGGAUGGGGAAAAGGGUCAACGUGGCAAACCAGGAAUCUCAGAAAUACCUGGUCCACCUGGUUUUCCUGGUGAUAUGGGAGAUCCAGGUUUUGGAGGUGAAAAGGGGUCCUCCCCUGUCGGGCCCCCAGGCUCUCCAGGUUCACCUGGAGUGAAUGGUCAGAAAGGACCUCCAGGAGACUCUGCUGUUGGCUACCCAGGACCCCCAGGAAAGAGGGGUCUUUUAGGAGUACCAGGGUCAAAAGGACUCAGAGGUGAUCCCGGACGACCGGGGGCUGCAGGGCCAGCUGGCAUGCCCGGAUUCCCGGGUCUCAAAGGUCCCAAAGGGAGAGAGGGAAGUGCUGGGUUUCCAGGGAUCCCAGGUCCACCCGGCCAUUCCUGUGAAAGAGGCGCUCCAGGGAGACCAGGGCCACCAGGGCUCCCUGGAGCUCCAGGAAGUCCAGGUGCCCCAGGUUGGAAAGGACAACAAGGGGACACGGGGCCUCCUGGACCCGCUGGAAUGAAGGGCCUCCCUGGAGUCCCAGGACGGCCAGGGACAGAUGGACCCCCAGGGCCCCCGGGAGUCCCAGGCCCCAGUGGGGAUGAUGCGCUACCUGGUCUUCCAGGCCCAAAGGGACCCCAGGGGCUACCCGGCUUCCUGGGUUUUCCGGGAGAGAGAGGAAAACCUGGCCCGGACGGACACCCUGGCAGAAAGGGAGAACACGGAGAACAGGGUUGGCCCGGCUCCCUGGGAGAGCGAGGAGUGAAAGGUGACAAAGGAGCAAGAGGACCCCCAGGAUAUGAAGGAGAAAUGGAUAUUAUUUUGAAAAAGGGGGAAACCGGGGAACCUGGACCUCCUGGAGAUGGUGGAUUCCCAGGAGAAGAAGGUGAUAAAGGCCAUCCUGGGAUACAAGGGAAGAAAGGAGAGCCAGGAAGCUGUGGACCACCUGGAUUUCACAGAGGGGAGCCUGGGAGGAAAGGGCAGCCAGGCCUUCCUGGACCCCCAGGCCCUCCAGGCUCACCUGGGCUGAGAGGGCUCAUUGGCUUUCCGGGAUUUCCAGGUGACCAGGGUGAGCCAGGUUCUCCAGGGCCCCCUGGACUUUCAGGAAUUGAUGGUACAAGAGGACCUAAAGGAUACAAAGGGGAACCUGCAAGUCAGUUUGGCCUACCUGGUCCAAAGGGUGAGCCAGGUAGCCCUGGAUAUCCAGGACAUUUGGGAGCACCUGGAGAGCAGGGCUUGCCUGGUGUUCAAGGACCUGGAGGACUACCCGGAAGGCCAGGACUGCCUGGCUCCUCUGGACCAGCGGGGUGUCCAGGUAAUCCAGGGCUGCCUGGGCUGCAGGGACAUCCAGGAGAAAUGGGGGAUCCUGGGCCAAGAGGCCUCGUGGGGGAUCCAGGGGCACCAGGUCUUCCGGGAAUAAAAGGUCCCUCCGGGUCGCCUGGCCUGAACGGCUUGCACGGUUUAAAGGGUCAGAAGGGCAGCAAAGGCACUUCAGGUUCCCAUAAAACGGGCCCACCUGGUCCAGUGGGAAUGCCCGGGCCAAAAGGCGAGACAGGAGACCCCGGGAGCCCAGGAAUUUCUCCUCCAGGACUUUUCGGAGACAAAGGUCCCCCAGGUCCCCCAGGGAGACCUGGACCGCCUGGUCCUGCGGGUGCCCCAGGAAGAGCUCUUAAGGGUGACAUUCCAGACCCGGGUCUGCCUGGAGAUCAGGGACCUCCUGGCCCCAAUGGUCCAAGAGGAAUACCCGGGCCUCCAGGGCCCCCUGGGAGGGUUGAACUUCUGAAAGGUGAACCAGGUGACUGUGGUCUGCCGGGGCCUCCAGGUCCCCCAGGCCCACCAGGCCCUCCAGGACGCAAAGGCUUCCCAGGAUGUGAUGGAAAAGAUGGCCAGAAAGGACCAAUAGGAUUCCCGGGGCUGCAGGGGCCACCUGGAACUCCUGGGCCACCUGGAGAGAAGGGUUUACCUGGACCUCCAGGCAGACAGGGGCCCUUGGGUCCUCCAGGUUCCAGAGGUGAACCUGGGCCCCCUGCAGACGUGGAUGCUUGCCCCCGAAUCCCAGGGCUUCCUGGGGUACCAGGCCCAAGAGGACCAGAAGGAACCAUGGGGCUCCCCGGAAUGAGAGGCCCCCCAGGACCAGGGUGCAAAGGAGAGCCCGGGCUGGAUGGCAGGAGAGGCGAGGAUGGCCUUCCAGGGUCCCCUGGGCCUCCAGGACACAAAGGUGACAUGGGAGAAGCAGGCUGCCCAGGAGUACCAGGCCCUCCUGGGCCCGUGGGGGAUCCUGGGCCCGAAGGGUUCGGCCCUGUAGACCCCAGUGGCUUCCUCCUGGUUCUCCACAGUCAAACUGAUGGAGAACCCACCUGCCCCGCGGGCAUGCCCAGGCUCUGGACUGGGUAUAGUCUGUUAUACCUGGAAGGACAGGAGAGAGCUCACAAUCAAGACCUUGGUCUGGCGGGCUCCUGCCUCCCCAUGUUCAGCACGCUGCCCUUCGCCCACUGCAACAUCCACCAAGUGUGCCAGUACGCCCGGAGGAACGACAGGUCCUAUUGGCUGGCGAGCGCCGCGCCGUUGCCUAUGACGCCGCUCUCGGAGGAGGAGAUCCGCCCGUACCUCAGCCGCUGCGCCGUGUGCGAGGCCCCCGCGCAAGCCGUGGCUGUGCACAGUCAGGACCAGUCUGUCCCGCCGUGUCCGCGGGCCUGGAGGGGCCUCUGGAUUGGGUACUCUUUCCUGAUGCACACAGGCGCUGGGGACCAAGGAGGCGGCCAGGCCCUCAUGUCACCCGGCAGCUGCCUGGAGGAUUUCAGAGCUGCACCGUUCCUUGAAUGCCAAGGACGUCAGGGAACUUGCCACUUUUUUGCAAAUGAGUAUAGCUUCUGGCUGACAACUGUGAGACCUGACUUGCAGUUUUCCUCAGCACCCUCACCGGACACCUUGAAAGAAAGCCAAGCCCAGCGCCAGAAAAUUAGCAGGUGCCAGGUCUGUGUGAAGCAUAGCUAGAGAACCCACCGCUUGUCAUCAGGUCACCAAGAGAAAUUUGCUAGGAGGCGAAGGCCUCCUAGGCUGUGCUAAGAGAUUCAGUGGUGCUCAUCUUGGAUUCCUGGUUUAGCUGUUCCUUCUGGUUUCGAUGUGGUUGUUCCCACAGUACUGUAAUCCCUUCCUCCGUUCGGGACAGAUUAAGCAAACGCUACACGUGUGGAUUUGUUUGGACCUACCAACCUACAUGAAACCGGGAUAUUCUUAGCUGGCUUUAUUUAAAAGUAUGCUAAUUCAGGGGAAGGCAAAUAGAUGAUACAAAUUACAUUACUGAAAACGUCAUUCAUUGGUUAAUAGCAACUCAAACAAUUGAAGUCAAUUACUCUGUAACACAGUGGGCUUCUGGAUGGAUUUUACAGGAAAAAAUAAAUAGGCCAACAAAUGAAACUAGAAAGUAGAGAUUUCCUACGUUUCAAAAUGAUUUCCUCUGUAAUCUGUUUUUCCAUGCACUUUAACUGUAAAACUAUGACCCACGGAGAUUAAACAAAAAUCCACACAGCCAGCCUGAAGAGUUCAUUUCAAAGCAGAAUGAAUCAUUAUGCCAGGAAGGACCACGGCCGCUGUAUUCCAGAGAUGCGACAUUAGCAUAAAACACAUCACAGAUGAACAUAAAACAUUAUGUUCUCGUCUGCAUUUUUCAGAGAACAGAAAUGCCUGCUUUGGCAACCCAUUGGAAAAGUAGCAAUUAUGGAAAAAAUAUACGUCCAGUGAGGGAUUAAGAGUCGAAAAGCUAUUAAUGAAUAUUAAGGCAGCGAUUCACAAGAAUUGACUCCCCACUGCCGUCAACUUCCAAACAGGCCGCUUUUGCCCAGUCGGGGUCUGGCUUGUCUUCCAGUGUGCGUGCUAAUGGGACUGGAGCCACAUGGGGCCAUGUUCACAUAAAGCAUCUUGUUCCCCUCCCUGGGGGCGCCUGCAGAGCUGCCUCACAGAGAGGGCCUGCAACGGACACUUUCCCUCCAGCCACAUAAUGGCAUCUCAUACGGGGAAGGGACAGAGCUAUCAUUAUGCACUUGGGAGAAAAUUAAGGGCCGACUUAAUUAAACUUAGGUAAGAAGAUUCAUUUUAAGUCAUCAUCACCCCAUGCCCCCAAAAGACCUAGCACUCUUUUAAAUGAAACAAAGAUAACCUACAACUUGAAUUUUAUGUUCCUGUUAUUGGUUUUUACAGGAGCAUCCUGCUUUUCUAAUCUUAAAAACAUUCUUAUAUUUUAUAUCAGUCAGUACUAGAGCAAAGCAGCAGUUUGAUAUUUGGCAUUAAUAUCUUCUGUAAAAGCUUAGAAGAUAUGUCACUUUAUAGUGAGUAAUUUUCUGUAUAGCAAAGGAUAGGUUUUCUGUUUUGCUGGGAAUUCAGUGGUCUAAUCCUAAAAGUUAGAAGGCUUAUUGGAAAAGAUUUCUAGGAAACUUGCCUUCCUUAUUUAAAUAAAUGUUAUUCUAGAGAAAACUAAAGAAAUUUCUCAUGAGAAAGUGACAUUCAUUUCAGUGCUUAUUUUCAAUGCACUUAAUAAUUAAGAAAAACUCAAUUAAAACUUUGUUUAUAAGAAAUGCUUUCCUUGGCAAACAUCGAUUGGGAGUGUGCACUUACAUGCAGAAUAUAUUUCAAAUGAAUUUUGCUCUGGGGUGUCCCCCGGAUGGGGGGACAAUUUAUUUUAAGGCUACUUCCUGGUAAGAAGAAAAAAUAUACAUUUUAAGAGGAAAUAUUGUCUUGAUGUACCAGAAUAUUUCCUAGUUCAUUUGACCCAUUUAUUAAUUUUUUGAAACUCUCCUAUGGCAUGCUAAAUGUUUGAUAUUGAACCCAAUUUCAACCUUGUUUAUAAUUAACAAUUUUGUUGCCAAAAGUUUUAUCAUAUAUUACCAAACUUCAAGCCUUCUAAAAUUUCAUCAUGUUCAUUCAUGAAAUUGGUCCGAGAACAUUUUCUGGGAAGAGGUAAGGGUGAUCGAUGGGCCAUAGGAAACAUAUCUUGCUUGCUAUUUUAAACACCUUAACUUUGGUAUUAGAAUUAUCUUAAUAAGCUGGUCAAAUAAAUUUUGAAAAAAACAGCCCGAAUUAAGUGGGCACGUUCCUGCACAGUGAGUCCUCCACAGUGAGUCAGCCCCCUCCUGAAAAAUAGCUUACUUUUCCAUAAACUGAAAUUUCAGAAAUAAGAUUUGAGAGAUGUG